GUUGUUUCCUUUUUAAUUUCCAACAGCCCUACGGAGAGAUCAACUAUGACUUGAUUGGACGAUCCUUGCCUCUCAUCUGUAUGGGAACCCCACAUAGCCCCGCGAUUGGGGUUCACCUAGAAGCUUCUAAGAAAAGCUUCACCAAACCAUUCCAGUUCCUUCCUUGCAACCCAGACAGUUGGUAGCAAAUUCCUAAAUGCUCCUGUGGCCGCAAACUAUUCUCACCCAUUGUCUCCUGCCUGCUCACGCUUCUUUCCUGAAUUGCUUCUUUUCCACUUAGCAAACCAGAUACCCUUGUCUAGCUUUUUUUUAAUAUUUUCCCCCACAUCCAUCAAUUGCCUUAAACCUCUGUCGACCCAACGUCGUGCCAUUGUCUUUCCUCCCUCUACCACACUUCUCAUAAACCAUUUUCCGACCAAAAUUUUCAUAUUCUCGUAACACAAGCCACAGCCUUCACAAAUCACUAAUCACAAAUAAAAUGGCGGACUCAGAGCAGCCCAAGAAGCGAAGCUACGUCUUCUUUGACAUUACCAUCGGCUCCAAACCUGCUGGCCGCGUCACUUUCGAGCUGUACAAUGACAUUGUACCCAAGACAGCCGAGAACUUCCGCGCGCUAUGCACUGGCGAGAAGGGCGUAGGGAAGACUGGCAAGCCUCUCCACUACAAGGGCAGCGCCUUCCACCGAGUCAUCAAGCAGUUCAUGAUCCAGGGUGGUGAUUUCACUGCAGGAGAUGGCACUGGUGGCGAAAGUAUCUACGGCACCAAGUUCGAGGACGAGAACUUCGAACUCAAGCACGAACGCCCGUUCCUGCUUAGCAUGGCCAACGCUGGUCCCGGAACCAAUGGCUCCCAAUUCUUCGUCACCACUGUCCCCACACCCCAUCUAGACGGAAAGCACGUCGUCUUUGGCGAGGUCAAGACUGGGAAGUCUAUCAUCCGACAGAUUGAGAACUUGCGCACGACGAGCGACAAGCCGAACCAAGCCGCUGUCAUCGCUGACUGCGGCGAGCUACCUGACUCUUCUGCAGCCGAGGCCUCAGAGGUUAGAGCCCCUGACGCCUACGGUGACCAGUACGAGGAUUUCCCCGAGGACGAUAACACGGAACAACCUCUUUCGGCAGCACGGGUCCUACAGGUCGCCUCCGACUGCAAGGACUACGGCAACAAGGCCUUCAAGGCCGGUGAUAUCCUGGGUGGCCUGGAAAAAUACCAAAAAGGUCUGCGCUACCUUAACGAGGAGCCGGAAGUGAAGGACGACGAGACAGAACUCCGCAAGAAGCUCGACGCCUUGCGAUUCACCCUUAACUCCAACUCCGCCCUCCUCAACAUCAAGCUCGAGGCAUGGGAGGAGGCAGAGCGCUCCGCGACUGCCGCCUUGGCCGUCACGGGCAUCACAGACACCGAGCGCGCCAAGGCCCUAUACCGCCGCGGCUUCGCGCUCAUCAGGCUCAAGGACGAGGACACUGCCAUCGAGUACCUCGAACAGGCCAAGAGGCUGGUUCCCGGCGACGCGGCCAUCACCAAGGAGCUCGACACUGUCAAGAAGCAGGCUGCAGCUCGUCUGGCCAAGGAGAAGGCCGCUUAUAAGAAGUUCUUCGCGUAAUUCUAUCCUAAGUAUAGUGUAUAGACGCCAUUAUGAAAGGGUGCUCACCAUUCAAAAAGGGGUUUCAGAGGCGAGGAAGAUCGGAAGGAAUAGCCGGCAUAGCAUAGCUAUCAACUACCAAAAAAAGAAAAAUAAAACAAUUUAAUAAGCCAACCUAUCUCUAAUAGGUAUAUCCCCUUCAGGGGUGUCAUGUAUCAUGUGAAAUGAACGAGAUUUUGCAAGAGAGGAAAAGGAGAUGAUGGAUAAAAUGACUGCCAAAAGAUAUCCUAUUCCCUCCCAUUCAUCCAUCCAUCCAUCUAUUCGCUUACUCUAAAUUCCCCUGAUUCCUCCUCUACGUU